GCGAGACAGACUUCUGAUUAUUUAGUAGCCUAGCCUAGCCGAAACUGCGUGUCAUAAAGCGACGACGGGCUUAGCAGUGCUUCCCCCGUUUAGAUUCUCGAGGGAGGAAGUGACGCGGUAGCAUCGAUGGUGAGACGUGAUAGCAGGGAGAGAGCGACGCACAAACAGCGAGGGAUAGACACGACUGCAGCAAGGGACUGAAGCUAGUCGCCGAGGGAGGGACGCGAUAGAAGCGACCUCGUGACGCGAAGCGACCUCGUGACGCGGUAGAAACUACCUCGUGACGCGAUAGAAGCGAGCUUGAGACGCGAUAGCACGGAGGGGGAGAGGCGAAAGCAGGGAGGGAGUUGAAUCGAUAGCAGGGAGGGAGUGGCGCGAGCAUCGAGGGCAGGGGAUGGAGAGCGGCAUGAGCGCGUGGGAGAGAGAGUGGCGUGAGCGCGCGGGAGGGAGAGCGGCGUGAGCGCGCGGGAGGGAGAGCGGCGUGAGCGCGCGGGAGGGAGAGCGGCGCGAGCGCGCGGGAGGGAGAGCGGCGUGAGCGCGCGGGAGGGAGAGCGGCGUGAGCGCGCGGGAGGGAGAGCGGCGUGAGUCCGCGGGAGGGAGAGCGGCGUGAGCGCGCGGGAGAGAGAGCGGCGUGAGCGCGCGGGAGGGAGAGCGGCGUGAGCGCGCGGGAGGGAGAGCGGCAUGAGCGAGCGGGAGAGAGAGCGGCGUGAGCGCGCGGGAGAGAGAGCGGCGUGAGCACGCGGGAGAGAGAGCGGCAUGAGCGAGCGGGAGAGAGAGCGGCGUGAGCGCGCGGGAGGGAGAGCGGCGUGAGCGCGUGGGAGAGAGAGCGGCGUGAGCGCGCGGGAGGGAGAGCGGCAUGAGCGAGCGGGAGAGAGAGCGGCGUGACCGCGCGGGAGAGAGAGCGGCGUGAGCGCGCGGGAGAGAGAGCGGCAUGAGCGAGCAGGAGAGUGAGCGGCAUGAGCGAGUGGGAGAGAGAGCGGCGUGAGCGCGCGGGAGAGAGAGCGGCAUGAGCGAGUUGGAGAGAGAGCGGCGUGAGCGCGCGGCAGGGACAGCAGCGGGAAGGGAGAAGAGUGAGAGCAGGGGAAGGGAGAAGAGUGAGAGCAGGGGAAGGGAGAAGAGUGAGAGCAGGGGAAGGGAGAAGAGUGAGAGCAGGGGAAGCAUCGAGGGUGAGAGCAGGGGAAGGGGAGAGCCCAGGCACGGGAUUGUGGGCAGGUGAGUCAGGGCAGGUGAGUGUGGGGAGGAGAGUGGCACAAUCACAGCCCAAUCUCUGUCCUGGCAUGUACGGUAUGUCCCUUGCAACCCUCACCAUAUAUCUUUGCCCUAAAGCUGCUAUGCCCAUUAGUCCCUGCCCGCGCAUCUCUGCCCUCCCCACUUCUGCCCUUGCAGUGACGGCCGCUGCUUCAUCCACUAGCUGGCCUGGAGCUGCCAGGGGAGCUUCGGCAUAAGUUGGCUGGGUUUCUUCGCUGUAAUGCACUUCUGUUGAUUUUUGCAAGCUUGGUCACCCAUAUUUGCUGAACUUGAUAUGUAUGUUAAGCGCAUAGUCGUACACGGUAGUAUACAAUGCUAGUUGCACAUGCAAUGUGUUCCACAAUACCAGCCCAAUACCAACCUACCUAUUUCCGUGUGAAGACAUCAACCCCCACAACAACUAUGUAGACAUGUAAAGCUCCUCCCCUCUCUCUGCAUCGUCCUAUCUCUCUCUGCAUCUCCCCCUCUCUUUCUCGGCAUCCCCAAUUCUCUCUCUGGCGUUUCCCCCCCCUCUCUCUCUCUGCAUCUCCUCUUCUCUCUGCAUCCAUCUCUCUCUGCAUCUCCCCCUCUCUCUCUGCAUCUCCCCCUCUCUCUCUGAUCUCCCAGUGCUCUCUCUACACAUCUCCCUCUCUCUCUCGUUGCAUCCCCCCUCCCUCUCUCUCUCUCUCAGCAUCUCCCCGUAUCCCUCGCUCACUGCUUCUCCCUCCCUCCCUCCCUCUGAUUCUCCCUCUCUCUCUGCACCUUCCUCUCUGUGUGUUCUUUCUACGUCGGGAAACAGGUGCUGGGCAGUCACAUUCCCGCAGCCUGGCAGUUGGCAUACCGCAAGCCUGCACGUGAUGGCCUGGUCGGACCUGCAAAUCGUCCCAAUCUUCAGGCCGCCCUCUGCAUCUUCCCCCGUUGCUGUGCCCUUGCGCAGUCGCUGCCGUGCGCUAUCAUGCGCUCGGGUUAAACGCCCUAGCUAGAGUGGCGCUGCCAGCCGUCUAUCAUUCCGUGAUUUCAGUUGGUUGGAUCGGUUCGCGCCUCGUUGACGCUAAAUACCCCAGAUAGAGUUUUAUGACACCAAUUCGCGAUCCUCCUGUAUUAGACCUACGCUGGGUUUUUUUCUUUUCUUUUCUUUUCUUAGUAUCCGCA